AUGGAAACGGCAGCGCAAGAAAUCUUGACGGAUAAAACUAUCAAUCCAGUGUUCCAGAGAGCCUAUAAUGUCAGAGGAUGGGUCAAUACUCGCGCUUACGAAAUAAAGCACGAAAUGGCACUGGGUGAGAGAAAACCAUUUGAUGAGGUUGUAAUACAUUAUGGAGACCCUCAUGCAUUUGGACAGUCACCUAUCACCUUUGUAAGACAGUGUUUAGCCUGCCUCCUUUGUCCACAAUUUCUCAAUGACCCACAAUUCCCAAAAGAUGUAAAGGAAAAGGCUCGCAGAAUCCUUAAAGCAACACCAGGUUUUGCCAUAAGUUCGUACACAAACACUUUUGGAUUAAGACUCAUUCGCGAGGAUGUAGCCAAAUACAUUUCCAGAAGAGAUGGUUACCCAGCUGACGUUGAUGACGUCAUUUUAACUAAUGGAGGGGCAAUAGGAAUCCAGAUAGGCCUAGCAUCACUUGGUACUGAUAUGCCGAACGGCAAACUAAAGCCAGGGCUUAUGAUUCCCAUUCCAGUUUUUCCUCAGUACAAGUCCAGGAUUGUAGAAUUCAACCUCUACGAGAUCCCUUAUUAUUUGGAGGAAGAAAAUAACUGGUCUUUUAACAUCGGUGAAAUGAAGAAAGCCAUAGAUAAGGCUAGGCCACACUGUGAGCCAAGAGGACUGGUACUGAUUAAUCCUGGUAAUCCUACAGGACAGAUUUUAAGCUACGACAACAUAAGAGAAGUCAUCAAAUUUUGCGCACGAGAGAAACUGGUUUUAUUUGCGGAUGAAGUGUAUCAAGAAACAGUCUUUAUAAAGGGAGUCCCAUUCCACUCGUGCAGAAAGGUUCUGAGGGACCUGGGACCUGAAUACAACAACUUUCAAUUGAUGUCGCUCAACUCCGCUUCCAAAGGAUUUUAUGGCGAAUGUGGUUUGAGAGGAGGGUAUCUUGAGCUGGUCGGAUUCAGCAACGCAGUCAAAUUGCAGUUUAGAGAUAUGAUGUCUCCUAGUGUUAGUGGCUCGACUAUUGGGCAGGCUGCCAUGAGCUUAAUUUGUUGUCCGCCUCAGCCUGGAGACGAGUCGUAUGAAAUUUUUAUACAGGAGAAGACGGCCAUUUUGGAGUCUUACGAAAGGAAAGCGAAAAUUACCACUGCAAUGUUGAAUUCUUUAGAAGGAGUGACGUGUAAUGAAGUAACUGGUGCCUUGUAUGCUUUCCCCAGAAUUCGUCUUCCUCAAAAAGCUAUCGAGGAAGCCAAGCGUAAUAACCUUAACCCAGACGGCUUCUAUUGCUGGCAGUUGAUGGAAACAACCGGAAUAGUCCCCACUCCCGGAGAAAAUUAUGGACAAAAGGAAGGAACAUACCAUUUUAGAUUGACAAUUCUACCCUCUGAAGAAAAAAUUGCUCCUAUGUACGAAAGGCUGAGCAAGUUUCACAAGGAAUUCAUGGACAAGUACAAGGACAACAAAGAAAACUAAUAGUGAUUUCAAACUGAGAGCUCGUUUUUUGUUGAGUAUCUCUAUAUUUUUUUCCCUGCACUUUUAACUCAUUUCACGGCCAGUUCAAAGAGCAUUGUGCUCCAAUUACUGAGUUAUUACAGCAUUCCUGUACAUGUUGCAUAUAGUGAAGUGUAUAACAUAUUACUUAGCUCAUCUGCAUGCUGAAUCUGUCAUUCUACCAAAAAUCUAUCUAUCUCCCUUAAAAAAUAAUUGAUUUGAAGAGGGAGUAACAGUUCAUCCUGUAAUAUGAUCAUACGGUUCAAAAAAGACUACCUAAAAAGACUGUUGCAGUGGCGUAUCAGGGAGAGGGUCGGGGGGAGGGGGGGGUUUACACCUCCCACCCAUCAGACAUGUGGGUAUUUUUACUACUUGUCUGAAAGCAAACGUUAAACGACAAGGUUGAGUGUUACUAAUCAACUAUCCCCCCACCCUUCAAAAAUGCUUGGAUCUGUACCUGUGUUGUUAGUGGCAGUGACUGACGUUUCGACAACCUGAGGCGGAAGUCUAAAUCAGAGUGACUUCGAUGAUGACUCCGAUGACGACUUCCGCUUUAGGACUACUCUUCUCCGGACGAUCAGAACCGAAAAUCAACUUUAUCUAAUUUUCUAUCGGUGAAUGGCUUCUCGACCAUUUUUGAAUCAACUUGGUUAAGAGGAAGUUUAGGAGCAGUCAGUUUCCAUUAGGAGGUAGAGGAAUGAUUCAUCUGAUCAUCUGAUUCAGAAUCAUCUGAUCGAAUGACACUGCUAUUUGCAUUCCUUAUCACAAAAUCUUAUCAUGAUUUCAAGUUUCUACGGGUCAUGCCGGUAAGCGCUGACAGCGCAAACGCGCAAAGAUAUUGUGUAGUCAAAUUUAAUAGCACAAACCAAGGAAAAUAAAAUCGUUUCGUAGA